UUGUAUGCAGUAAGGUCCCAAGUCAACCCUUUUGGUGCAGAGCUAGGGAGGAGUGUGGAUCGAUCGAUGGAGGCCGCCCUGCUGAGCGGAUUGAUCAGAGUCGCCGUGCCCAAGCUCAUGUCCACGGCCAGCGACAGGUACAAGCUUCACAGGGGUCUCAAGGACGACAUGAGUUUCCUCGCCACAGAGCUCAAGAUGAUCGGCGCUGCCAUCGACCGCGAGCUCUCGUCGCCGUCCGGCGGGGACCACGGGGCCGUCCUGCAGCUGUCGAUGGAGGAGCUGCGGAAGCUGGCCCACGACAUAGAGGACUGCAUCGACGAGAUCCUGUACCGGGCGACCCGGGAGCAACAGUCCUCCGCCGUCGUCCGCACCCUGCGGUCGUCCAUCAAGAAGCUCCACGACGACCCCAAGCUCGGCCGGAGGAUGCAGCGGCUGAGGGAGAAAGUGGAGCAGGCGAAUCGGCGGAGCGAGCGAUACAGGGUCGCCGCCGCUCGGCCCUCCUCCCCUGCUACUGCCGCCGCCGCCGCCGUGGCGGAACAGUCCUCGGACCCGCGCAACAUUCACGUGAGCCUCGUCGGCGUCGAGGCGCCUCAGGCGGAGCUCCGGCAGCAGCUGGCGGAAGCGAGGAAGCUCAGAGUGAUCUCCGUCGUCGGAUUCUCCGGGUCCGGCAAGACCGCCCUCGCGGCGGAGGUGUACAACCAUGAGCGCGAGGAGAACUGCAUGUUCGACAAGUUCGCGUGGGCCUGUGCCGCGCGCAAGGACCCCGGCGAGGUGCUCUCGGAGUUGCUCCGUGGGGUUGGCGCGGACGAUCGUUCCUCCAAGGCGACUACGGAUGUCGGCCAGCUCUGUGUAGAUCUCAGGCAACAGUUGGAGAAGAAGAGGUAUUUGAUUGUAAUUGAUGACAUUCGAACAGAGGCUCUGUGGAAAGCCAUCGAACCGGCCUUCCCAGCUCAUAAGGGCGUGAGGAGCAGAAUAAUUGUGACGACAACUAUCCAGUCAGUAGCCAAUUGUGUAUGCGGCUUUUCUGACGGCUAUGUGCUGGAAAUCAGCAGGCUUAACGACCACUAUUCGAAGCAAUUGCUAUGCAAGAAGGCUUGCCCGGAUCAAUACGCAAACUACGAUCAACCAGACACGACAGCAAUCCUGAAACAAUGCGACGGCCAGCCGCUCGCCCUCGUUACAGUCGGCGAAUUCCUCCGGGCAAACGGGUGGCCGGUGGGGCCUGACUGCGACCGUAUAAGCAACGGGCUGCAGUACUACCUGAGAAAGGAGACCUUUGAGAGGAUGAGAAGGAUGAUGAUGAGUAGCUACGCCACUCUGCCUGGCCAUGCUCUCAAGGCCUGCCUGCUGUACCUCUGCGUGUUUCCCUCCGACCACCCGGUCAGGAGGAAGAGCCUGCUGAGGCGAUGGUUAGCUGAGGGGUUCGUAGAGGCAGAACCACAGUCCUUGGACAGUGCCCUGUUUGAUCCUGCAGACGCGUUCCAUGAGCUCAUUAACCGGAAAAUUAUCCGUCCCAUCAACGUAAGCAACAACUGCAGCGUCAGGACCUGCAAGACGUACGGCAUGAUGCACGGGUUUCUUUUGGGCAUGGCCACCUCCCAGAACUUCGUAACGUUGUUUUCUGAUCAGAAGCCGGAGCCCAGGUACGCCCGUCGGCUCUCUGUCCAUGGCGGCACUGUUCUCCAUGGUGAUGAUUCGAAAGGCAUAAACUUGUCACUUAUUCGGUCCCUGACAAUCUUCGGCGAAGCGAGUGAAUCUGUGUUGGACUUGAGCAAGUAUCAGCUGCUGCGAGUCUUGGAUCUUGAGAAGUGUGAUAACCUGAAGAAUGGCCAUCUGCAGGACGUAUGCAACCUGCUGCUCCUUAAAUAUAUGAGCCUCGGGGGAGAAGUUACCAGGAUUCCAAGUGAUAUUGGAAAGCUGGAAUAUUUGGAGGUAUUAGAUUUAAGGAGAACGAAGGUAGACGUGGUGCCCGUACAAGUCUUCCAGUUGCCAUCCUUGAUUCAUUUGUUUGGGAAAUUUAAGCUACAGCCUCCGGACGAAUCCAAGCAAGCAACUGAAGUGCUGCAGUUCCUCUCCAAAGAUAAGAGUAAAUUGGAGACUCUAGCUGGAUUUGUUACUGACGGAAGCGAAGGGUUCCUCCAUCUUUUGGGUUUCAUGAAAAAACUGAGAAAGGUGGAAAUUUGGUGCAAAUCGUCUGCAGGUAGCACUGAUGCUCCCGUGCAACAGAAACGCAGAACUGGCGUGCGGACUGAUCUUAGGACGGCAAUUGAGAAGUUCAUUCUGGAUGAUAUGGUGGCAAAUCCUGGUAGACGUACAUUAUCACUUCAUUUUGAUGAACGGUCUGAGGAAUUCUUGAAAUCCCUGACAGGAUCUUUCUAUCUCAGCUCGCUGAAAUUACAAGGCAAUUUUACCAAAUUACCAAAGUUUGUCCUGUCAGUUCGUGGUCUGGUAGAGCUAUGCAUUUCGUCUGGUACAUUGACAACUCGUCUUCUCGAAGCUCUGAGUACUUUGGUACGCUUGAAGUAUCUUAAACUGAUCGCUGACGAGCUCCAAAACUUCAUCAUCAGAAAAACGUCAUUUCCCUCCCUUGUAAGACUUUGUAUUGCCGUGGAAAAUCCUACAUUCCCAUCAAUCGAGGAAGGAGCUUUGGAGUACCUGGUCGCUCUUCAGGUGCUCUGCAAAAAGCUAAAGGGCCUUUCUGACAUCAAAAUUGAAAAACUGUUGAAUCUUCAGGAGGUCACUCUUGAUGCUAUGGUCAGUACAGAAACAAAAGAGCUAUGGAAAAAAGCCACAAAGGAGCAUCCCAGGAGGCCUAAAAUGCUGUUGCUCAAUUCUCUCGAUACAUCAGAAUAUGAGCUUACACACUACUGUUCUGCAUCAGGACACGGUGAAAUUGUGGAAACGGAAAGUUCACAUGCAUCGGGGAGGCCAGUACAAGAGAUGAACAUUCAAAAGCCACUUAACCAAGGAUUGGAAUCCUCUUAUGUGUUGAAGAAACAGAAUAAUUGUGCUGGUCAAUCAAGCCCAAACCAGUUGUCAAGUGACACGUACCUGUAUACAUAGGGCAUCUCUUUGGUGCAUUCUACUAAUCAUAUAAUUAAACUGUCAUUGAUUAGAAAAGAUAUUUUUCAUUUGUAUUCUCUCCGUUUUAGGUUAUAAGACUUUCUGGGUUUACCUAAAUUUAUCCAUGCAUCUAUAUAUAUAUUUUGAAUAUGUGUCUACAUUCGUUAGCACACCAUGAAUCUAGACAGGAUCAGAAAAUCUUAUAAUAAGAAAUGGAGAGAAUAGUAUUUUGUAAUUUUGAUUUUUUUUGGCAAUAAAAAAAUGUAUUAUGUAUCAUAAGUUUUUAAGGCUCAUAAUUAAAAU